AUGCGUCUAGCCAACCUUUCCGUCGCUAUACCUCUAAUCGCAAGCCUGGUAUGGGCGCAAGACAUUGGGGGCAGCGGGCCGAAACCACCAAAAGUGGAUAAUCCAAGCAAGCUUGGUCCGUGGAAGCCUCCUGCAUCGAGCCAAGGAUCACCUCCAGCUUCCUACACUGGCAUGGGCCGCACCUUGCGGGUGAACAGCGCUACCGAGUGAGUGACGGCGGCUACAAGCUGCACGCGAAAGAACAAAGCUGAGCGCUUUUAUGGGGAAAAUCCUCGUUGCAGCUUCUGCUUGCUCAUGCCACCCGAUCCCACGACCCAAAACCUCGUGGACGCGGAAGCGAACGCUGUAGCCUACUGCACGCAACCAUCCAACGAUACGAGACCCAUGCCGGACGGCUUCAUCACUUCUGCUCAUUUCAGGAAAGCGGCGGGAUACGUAGCUGUUAUGGGAUCCUUUAAUGCUGCGGUCAUGAACCUUGGCACCAAUCCCGCGGAUUGCGGUGGCGAGUACGACAAUCACGGAGCGCAAGGAGUAGGAAAUCCUGUUGGCGUUGGCCUGCCGGACGGUGAGUGUUGUGAAGCCCUUUGAAACUUCUCGAACUGUCAACUCUGAAACGCAACGACCCACGCGUGGUCCCGAACCAGGCGCUCACGAUUUCCAACAGUUCAUGGGCUCGUGCGAUAUCCCCGGCAAAAGCACAUUUGUCAUCCGAGUCUGCUCCGGGCCUCGUAGCUACGAUCUCUGCGACAACAAGUACGACUUGAUGGGCGCUCUCUACACCAAUCCUGGUCCUUAUGAGCAGGAUGGGUUCGACAACUGCGACGUGACGGAUGAUAGGGCAUUGUACGACCUUGGCAAUGGGUCUACUUUUAGACAAGGUGAUCAGGUCACUCCUUUAGCCGAUGCCUACCCUAAACCUCCGCCUAGCAGUAAUUGCUCGCCCACCGCCAGCCCUGCACCGUCAGGUGCAACUUACACCUGGAAUCAGGCAGCGGCGAAGCAGACACCCACUGCGAAUGCAAACGGUGGCAGCGGCAGCUCUGGAAGUACUACGGGAAGCGACAACGGUAGCGGCGGCAGCACAACCGGAAGCGGUACUGGAAGCGGGACUGGCAAUGGCAGCUCAUCAGGCGCAGACAGUGCUACAUCUCGUUCAUACGGAAGAACGCCGAUCUAUGCUGGAGGAAGUUUGGCGCUGCUCUCGAUUCUUGUGCAGUGCCUUUGA